AUGGAGGAGGUUUCAAUGUCCAGCCUGGACAACAGCAAGCUGGAGGCCCUAGCGCAGGACAUCCUGUCUGACCUGGUGGAGGAUGCGUGCCUGGGUCUUUGCUUUGAGGUCCACCGGGCUGUAAAGCAGGGCUAUUUUUUCCUGGAUGACACGGACCAAGAAAGUAUGAGGGACUUUGAAAUUGUGGACCAGCCAGGACUGGAUGUGUUUGGCCAGGUGUACAACCAGUGGAAAAACAAGGAGUGUGUAUGUCCCAACUGUAGCCGGAGCAUCGCUGCCUCACGCUUUGCUCCACACCUGGAGAAAUGUCUGGGGAUGGGACGUAACAGCAGCCGCAUAGCCAACCGCAGAAUAGUCACUGGUAAUAACGCCAACAACAAGUCAGAGAGCGACCAAGAAGAUAAUGACGACGUCAACGAUAACGAUUGGUCUUAUGGGGCAGAAAAGAAAGCCAAGAAAAGGAAAUCUGAUAAGAAUCCAAACUCGCCAAGAAGAUCCAAAUCAUUCAAGCAUAAGAACAGUAAGUGA